GUGGUUUAUUGAUUGCAGGCUGUGAUUUACGAGUGCUCUGUUGAGAUCGCCGAUACAUUCGGCCCGAGUACGUUGGAAUGUAUCUGUUCACCUGCGAAUGAUCGUUCAUGUCACGGGUUUAUGAAUCGGAAGGAGCGACGCUGCGUUUAAACCGUUUUGGAAAGUGGGCAAUGUGGAUUGGCAACAGCCACCGCUGGAACUUUUCCAUGGAUCAGUUAUUUCUCGAUCUCAUUCAUGAAUGUAAAUACGUGGCGCCGGGAGCGCAACUCACUUACACUUUGAGGACUCGUCUGGAAAAAUACAAGAGGGAAGUACGAAAAGACAUUGUGUCUCGUAUGAAAGAUGGUUGUGCACCAUUAUUUAUCGCCUGCAAAAGGGGUCAUGUGGAGAUUGUCGAGUAUCUCAUAAAGAAAUGUGAUGCAGACAUCGAACAGAGGGGAAAGUAUGAAGUACCGGACGAUAGGUCGGUUCACUGCGUUACACCAUUGUGGUGCGCUGCAGUAUCGGGAAAUUUGGAGGUCAUAAAAUGCCUUAUAUCCCACGGAGCUGACGUCAAUGCAGUCUCUGAUUCUGGAUCUACUCCUGUUAGAUCUGCGUGUUUCAUGACACAUAUGGAUAUUGUCUCUUACUUAGUGGCAAAUGGCGCCGAUAUAUUAAAAGCAAAUUAUAAUGGUGGAACAUGUUUGAUAAAUUCUGUACAAAGCGUGGAAUUAUGUACUUUCCUUUUGGAACACGGCGCGGAUGUGAAUGCUACUGAUAUUCAAAACAAAACUGCCUUGCAUUAUGCUAUCCAGGAGCAUAGACUUCAAACUACCAAACUUCUUUUGGAGCAUAAUGCGGAUCCUCUUCUUAAAUCUCGUUAUAACGAUGAUGCUCUCCAAACUGCCUGCCUUAAAGGAGCUAUUCAGAUAUUUGAUUAUUUAGUGGAAAAUGUGUCAUACGAUACGGAAAGAUUGGCAGAUGCAAACGAGUUGAUGGGAUCUACAUUUUUCGACGAUCACAACGACAUGCAUAUGGCGAUGCAUUAUUGGAGGAGAGCGAUGUCCCUCCGAAUGGCCACGACUGACGGAGUGCCUUUGCCAAAGAGACCUGCGUUAGCGAAACACGAAGCUUAUAGAAAUGCCACGGAGUUUUCGAAUUUGGAUGAAUUGAACGCUAUCAUGCUUGAUUUAGAUGCAGUAAGAAUACAAAGUCUGCUGAUAUGUGAAAGGAUAUUAGGUCCGCAUCAUAAGGAUACUCUCUUUCGGCUGAUGUUUAGAGGGGCAUCAUAUGCAGAUGCGUUAAGAUAUCAGCAGUGUAUAGAUCUGUGGCGUCGCGCAUUAGAAAUUAGGGUAGAAAAAGAUUCGAUCUUGUAUGCGGAUACUUGUUUUACUGCACAAGCUCUUGUACGGCUUAUGGUAGAUCUGAAUGAGAAAACAUUAGAGAUGAAUGCUAGUAAUCGAGAAAAACAGGAACCGCGAUUUUGUGAUGUGGUGGCGAUAUUCAAAUUGCUUUCCAACCAAUUGACGGAAGCUAGAGAAUUGUUAGAGAAACGUCCUGUGCAUAAGAGACAAAGAGACAGUUACGAACGUAUUCUGAAGUGCGUAACACAUCUUAUUUACCUGUUAGUAGAAACUGCGAGCUCUGAAGUGGAAAAAACUCUGAUGCACCAAUUAGUUCGUAAUUUAGUGAAACAAAAUCCAAGAUCUGUUUAUACAGAGGAUACGCUUCUCCAUCUUUGCGUUUCCAGUUUAAAUACGAUUAAUUCUAGUUAUUUCACUUCUGCCGACGAUAUGCAUACAAUCUUUCCACGUUUGGAUGUUGUUAAAUUACUUUUGGAUUGUGGGGCAUAUGUCGAUGCCAGAAAUACAUUACGGUCGACGCCUUUACAUAUAGCAAGUAACGCAUAUAAUUUCCACAAUCCUCUCAUAAAAUUGUUACUGGAUUAUGGCGCACACUUAGAUACACCAAAUAGAGCGGGAGAUACACCAGCGCGACUUAUAUCCUCUAACCCAUUAAAUAAUGUGAAUCUUCUUAAUUAUACUAGCCUUCAAUGUCAGGCCGCACAGGCUAUUUGCAAACAUGGAAUUCGUAGUACUGAUCUGCCUGUUACAUUACAUUAUUUUUUGGAACUUCAUAGAGAAUGAUAUAUAUAUGAUGAUAAUGAUAAUAUUUUCAAAUAAUUAUUGGAUGUCUAUUAAAAACAUACUUGCAAUAUAUUUUGUUAUUUCAAAUGUAUGACAAUAUUAAAGGAUUUACAUGUAAUAGUGAUAAUGUGAUGCACAUUAAUUUAAAAUUAAUUAACGUUAAUUAUAAAUAAAUUAUAGAUAAAAUGUCACAUUACAAAAUAUAACAUUAAUGUCAAAAUUUUAAUUAUAAAGAAAGUACUAUUUUUAGAAUCCUAACUUCUGUUAGGUACAAUCCAAAUUGUAAAUACAAUCGCACGCAGUUUAUAAAAUAUUAAAAUGAAAAGACUGAAUGAAGAGAGAAUGCGUCUAUAAAAAUUAAUUUUUUUCUGAUUAGAUAUUGUGCAAUAUGUAAAAUAUCAUUUUUAAUAUUUCUGUACAGCGACUCGUAUAAUCUACUUAAGUAUUACUAUUAGAGCUCUUGCACUAUUAGACACUCAUUUGUACAUAUUGAAAGAUAUUGCUUAAGGAAAAUCUAUAUUCAAAAAAUAUUAUGCGUAAUAUACCAUCUAAAUAAAGUAACAAAGAUAGGUAUUGAUACCAAUGAAUUGUCAAGAUAUAUCGAAUAAAUUAAAUCCAAUCUUCUA